CCCUUCUACGCUAACAUCCAUCCUGAUCCCUUGCACCCUCCGCAGCCCACACCAAUGCCGCCUAGUAGACGGCCGCGCAUCGACCCCAUAGUCCGGGUGCGGACCGGCUGCUGGGCCUGCCGACGGCGCAAGAAGAAGUGCGACGAAGCCAAGCCGAUCUGUGGGGGAUGCGUGCGAAACAAGCUGACGUGCCAGUGGCCGUCCGCCGUGCCGGGGGGGUCCAAGACCACGAAUGCUUCAGCGUCUGGCAGCGUGGAUGGCAAUGACCCUCAGCAUCGUCCACCCGUCCAAGAAGAUGCUCCUCCGCAAGCAGCGACACCAUCAUCACAGCGCGAGACGUCCAGCUCGAUCGACUCUCGAUCCACCUCUCCCUCCUCCUCGGAGAUACUGCGGAAUACCAGCCCCGAGGACACCUCCUUAGAACGCGCUAUCACCCCCCUGACUCCCACUGGCUUCCCUCAACCCCCCUCCAUCCCCAAUGUCCAGGAACUGGGAUCCUCUACCACGAUGACCGUGGGCAAUAUGCUGCCCCGGAACAUGUCCAUGUUUCCUGGCCACGGGCCGGAUUCUUAUCAGCUUCUGAGCCAUUACCUGGCCACGACGGCCGAUUGCAUGGCCAACGGGUCUACGCCCGUCAACCCCUUUCUAGUGCAGAUUGUGCCGCUGGCAUUCAGCAGCGAUCUCCUGCUGCAGCUGGUUCUGACGCAGAGCGCUGCGCAUCGGGCGUUUCGCUCGCGCAAGGAGUCCGAUGAGGUGGCGCAGAGACACUACACCAAGGCCCUGCAGCUGUUUCGGAAAGGGGUCACGGAGUUUAUCGAUGGGAAGGAGUCGAAUCCGCUCAUGCUGACGGUGGGAGCGCUGGUGAUGUGCUUUACAGAGACUGCGAAAGGCGACAUGAACGGUACUAUAUUCGACCACCUGACAGCAGCCAACUCUCUCCUGAUCCGACUCCUCGCGCAAAGCGACACGGCUGUCCCAAAGGACCUGAAAGACUUCGUCAUCGAAUACUACACCUACACCGCGGCGGUGAGCAUGAUCUCGAUCGACGCGCGAGUCAGCACGCAGCUUCUGCUUGAUUUCGAGCUCGAACAACGCGCCCGCCAAUUACUGCAGUCGGACUACGUGGGGAACCUGUGCGGGUGCUGGCUGGAGCUGCUGCUGCUGAUCCCGUGCAUUUUCGACCUCGGUCGGCAGUGGCUGAUGCACGAUGACCAGCCUGCAAUGCCGACGGCGGACGACGUCGCGAUGUUUGGCUCGCUGCAAGUGCAAAUCAUGCGGUGGGCCCCGUACAACUCCGUCACGCCGGAGGUAUUUCUCGCCGGUCGGAUCUUCCAGCAGGCAAUGCUUCUCUACCUAUACACUUCCCUAGGAGCCUUUUCGCGGACCGAAAACGGCAUGUACCAAGGGAUGAUCGUGACCGCGAUCACAGACGCGAUGUCGUAUCUGGACCAACUCUCCGCCACGGUACGGAUCAACUCCGGGCUCUGCUGGCCGAUCGCCGUGGUCGGGUCGUGUCUCUCCAGCGCGGAACACCAAGAAAGUCUACGCCGGCGCCUAACCACAAUGGUCAACACAUUCGGACUCGGCAACAUGCAACGCACGCUCCUCCUGCUCGAACACAUGUGGGAGAUGCCCCUCGACGAGGCGGGGCCCUGGAAUAUCUGUCGGGCGAUGCAGCGCAAACAAAUAUGGAUAUCAUUUGCCUAG